AUGACCGAUAUUCUUAAGACUUCAAAAACGAAUCCUCGUGGAAUACCUGAGGCACCGUUUAUUGAUAAGGUUGAAAAUUUUGUGAAAAAUCCUGAUGCAGACUUUGAUAAUGUCAUGGCAGCUUUCCAGGAGAGAUUACAGCAGUACAAAUAUAUGGAAUUAUCCAAGAGACAACAAUUGGUAGAUUUAAGCACUAAGAUACCUGAUAUUAAGAAAAACUUAGAUAUUAUUAACUACAUAGAAGAGAAAAAGGGUGAGGAAGAUUCAGAAGAAGCUCAGGAGGAAAAGAAAAUUGAAGCGAACUACGAGCUAAAUGAUACAUUGUAUACUAGAGCCUCGAUUGAUAUCAAUAGUCUUGAAUCUGUAUAUUUAUGGUUGGGUGCUGAAGUAAUGAUGGAAUACCCUUUGGACGAGGCUGUCAAACUAUUAAAUGAAAGAUUGGAGAAAAAUAAAACGCAGCUUAAACUCAUCAAAGAAGAUUUGGAAUAUUUGAAAGAGAACAUCACUACAAUGGAAGUUAACACCGCGAGGUUGUAUAAUUGGGACGUUCAACGAAGAAAGGAGGGUCAAAAAACAGCAUAA